GAUAAAAGAGCGCAUUGUUUUGUAGCUUGGCUGUGCUGAAGUCGGUACAGCGUUUGAUUUUUAAUAAGCUGUCACGCAUGGACGUUUAGAAAUGUAUAAGUGUGGCUAACAAUGCUGCAAAUAGAUUCACCAUGUUGACUAUCAUACUCCCAAUACUCGCAAUACUUCAUACAGCACCUUGCUUAGAAAUACCAGAAUCAAACGGAGAGCAUGUUGAAUGUGCUCGAAGUAAAAUCGAUCGUAAUGUCACUGUCUCUGCUGGCCAUCAAGCAGGAUCUUUCCUAAAAGCAAAUAAAUCUAUUGCCACUAUGGAAAAAUGUGUUCAGCAAUGCUGUCAAAUGAGCGGCUGUGAUGUAGCAUUCUUCAGUAACGAUGCUUGUUAUUCAGUUAUAUGUAAAGAUGUCGAAUCCUGCGCUCCUGCAAAGAAUACCAAUGCUAGGAUGAACAUUGAAAUAUCGUAUGUUGCUAAACCAAAUAUUGCAAAUAAAAAAUCAUAUGUUACUGAUAAAACAGGAGAGCCAGCUAUUACGGAUAAUUUGAUAUCUGAAGUCACAAAAGAAAGCCCAUUUCUUUUUGAUGAGCCAAAUAGUACAGACGAAGAUGAUACUGAUCUACAACUAAUGCGUUCACGUCGAGAAAGUUGGAAAGAGACUAAAGACAUGGUCAUAGCCAUAACGUGCGGGUUUGUGGCGGUGGCGGUUGGCGUUGCAGGCGUUAUUAUGAUGACACGUCAAUUAGUAGAAGACGAUGACAUCUUCAUUGACUUUGGUACAGAAAUGAAUUUUUGUGAGGAAAAAACUGAAUCAACUGUAUGUAAUUCGGAAGCAAAUGCAAGUGCUGUCAACGAAAGACAAAAAUCGAAACAACAUCAAAGACAUUAGAAAAAAAAAUUUUAACCCACGGUCCAACCUUAUCCCCAACGAUUUUUAUCCUGAAGACGAUGCAGGUUCCUCAUUUGAAGAAAUUUUUAGGACGAGGUUGCUUCAGGGCUUUUUGCUUUUAUUAUAAUUUUGCGAGUAAUAUCACAUUUUUCUUAAUUUUAUAUCAAUCAAAAAAAACUUCAUCGGAUAAGAGAGUCUUUAAAUAAAA